UGUCAGAGGAUGUGGUUUUCCUGAGCUUGCAGAACAUCGUUGAGGCAUACUUUGAGCAUGACUUAAACAAGAGGAGGCAAAGUGUAUUCUCUGCUCGCUGUGCUCCUGUCGCUGGUCUGCUGGUGCCGCUCCUAAAGGGAGACACUCAUCUCUUUAGUGGUUUAAGACUCACAAACACAGGACUGUUUCUGUUUUGUCUCCCCCCCCCCCAACCCACCCCCUUUUUGAACUGAAAAGCUCUCAUUCUGUUUUGGAUCUGUGUGACAUCAGAGGGAAGCUGCAAAGGAUUUGAUCGGAGACUGGAGCUGAGUGCUGGCUCUAACUGACAUGAUUCCGUCUGCUUCUGGAGCUUGUCCAGCCAUCCGCACCUGAGCCCUGGGGCAAACCUUUAGGAUCUGGUCGCCAACAGCCUCUGAGCAGGUCAUUGGUGAGUACAAACAGAGCUGAGAUGGGCUGUGGAUUGCCGAAACUGAAACGCUCAGAGGACAAUAGUCCUGGGAAAAUCUACUCCACCCUAAAGCGGCCACAGGUGGAGACCAAGGUGGGAGUGGCCUACACCUACCGCUUCCUGGACUUUAUUCUGGGGAAGGAAGGGACUUCUGGACUCUGCCUCUCCUCACUGAGGGAGCUGCCGGCCCAGCUUCAGGAUCUGUACCAGCAGGGCUUUGUCUUGGCUGCCGUGCACCCCUUCAUCCAUCCAUGUGGGCCAGAGCCUGCCAGCAUCCAGCGCCAGCUCUACCGGGCCGUGCUGAUCAAACUCUCUGACAGCUUGGAGAAGACCCAGUCAAACUGUGAGUCCAGCUGUCUAGAGAUGGACUUAUGUCUGUCGGCUGACCAGCUCCCCAGCACAGGUCUCAUACAGGGCUAUGUGAAAAAGAUCCAAGAUGCUGCAGAGCAGGGCGUCUCGUUCGUGGGGUUCGUACAGCAGCCAGGCAUGACAGCCACAGUCACCGGACAGGGUGCCCUAGAGGACACUUCGCUGUCCCUUCACUCCAGUCCCAGCUCUAUCCUGGCAAAGGAGAUAGAACCAAAUGAGAGCCCAAAGCCCCAGAGUGGAUCGGAACAUCAGGACUGUGGCGCGGAGACCAGUACUGAGGGCAGGAGCCCAGCCUGUGAGGGAGAAGAGGUCACGCCGAGGGAAAGGGGGACUACAAUUUCAAACACCGGGAAUGGUGGGAGCACUGAUAGCACGAGUGUAACAGCCCGCCAGGAUGAUGGGGCCCCUCUUCCUGACUCCCCCUCACCGGCCAGCCAACCAGACCAACACCCGGAGACCAUGGAGAACAACACCCUAACACAUAACAACAACAAACCAAAGAGCCCUGAGGGGACCGAAAGCAAAACAGGCCUCUCUACAUCCAAAGGUGGGAUGGAAGUGUUCGCCCUGUUUAACCAUCCAGGGGUGCAACAGGGUCUGCUGAAGUACUACACCGUCAAGGUCCCCCUACGCGUCCACCUCCGUGACCAGGGGGUCAGCGGUGUGGAGGCGAACUGGCUCGAUCACAUGACCCACCACUUCAACAGCGGCGCCUCGCUCGUCGAUGGGUACUUCCACCUGAAUGAAAACGAUGUGAUGCCCAAGUCAGUGGAGAGCGUGUUUAUCUUCCAGGAAGGGCUGGAGGGAGACUCCACGACAGCCACGCCAUACGACGCCAUCGUUGUGGAGCAGUGGACUGUCAUUAAUGGUAUGGAGGUAAAGACAGACUAUAUCCCCCUGCUUCAGUCCCUGGCUAUGUAUGGGUGGAAGCUCACCUGUGUGCUGCCCACUCCAAUCGUCAAGACAAACAGCGAUGGAAGUCUGGCUACCAAGCAGAUUGUUUUCCUCCAGAGACCCUCUCUGCCACGCAAGAAGAGGGAGUCCAAGAAACUGGGCUUCAAAACACGGAGCAAAUCCAACAAGAAUUCUAUUAAAGAUGUGCCAAAAAACAAGAGAAAGAAAAAUGCUCCUCCAAUGGCAGAGAAAGAGACGGAGGAACAGAAGAUGUGUGAGGAUGAGGAGAAAACAUGCAAAGGAGAGAGCGAGAAAGUGGUGAGGAAAAACAGUGAAAACAGCGAGAAUGAGAGACAAAGCCUGAAGACGGACCGCAAAGAAGAAAAAGAAGGAGAGACAGAUUUUAAGGGUGGAGGAGGUGGGACAAUGGUAGAAACCGAGGAGGAGAGAGAAAUGGGAAUAGAGACAAUGACUGAGGAGAAGCAAGAGGACAGGGCAAAGACUGAGGAGGAGAGAAAGCAUGGGGCAGGGGAAAAGACUGAAGAGAAAGAUGGUGGGCCAAAGGCUGUGAAGGAGAAGGAGAAAGAGGGCAGGGAUGAGGCAGUGACUAGUGAGGAAGUUGCUCUACGAGAAGAGAAACAGGAGGAACAAGAGAGUAGGGCCACUGAUACGAGUGAGGGAAAAGCCACAGAGCCACAAGAUGGAGGGGCAGAAGAUGGACAGGGAAUAUCAGCCAGUGAGAACAGUGGAGAGGGACAAAUGGAGGAUAGAGCAGACUGUGAAAGUGCAGUGCAGGUGAAUGAAGUGUCAGAUAUCACUCCGGAGGCUAUGAGCUCCAACGCCGCUCCAGACUCCAGCAGCACUGAUGACCCUCCCACCAGCAUUGAUUGAGGUGGGGCCAAACUCAGAAACACUUUUUCCCCCAUCACUGCCUGUGGAGACUGGGAAGGGUGGCGCUCCAGCCAUGGAGCCAUAUGGGAGUUCCGUCUGGUUAUCAGACCUCUGAAACAUCUGAGUUCACUGAAUUUCCCCUUCAGCCCAUCAUUGGUGAAUGUGAUAAAUUUUGUUUUAUAAUUUUAGUCUGGACUGGCAUCUAUGUAAAUAUAUUGAUUCAAUAUCAAGAAGGGGAAAUGAAGAUCAAUUCUGAAAAGAUCCAUAGCUGUUAAAGGACCUACUCUUGGGACCUGAGUCUGAUUCAACUGUGUGCGGAGUUCUGGGCUGGACACACAUACCUGGGUUACACACUGCAACCUCUAUUGUUCCUGUAGAGAACUGACGAAAACUGCUGUUAGGGCACUGCCAACAGAGAGAGGAGCACGCUCCCUGUAAAACAUUAUCACAACCUUGGAUAUAUUUCUGGUUUGCUAUUGUUUAUGCUUCAAUUUCUUGUAUUCUUGUAAGAGAGGAAGCAACUUAAUCUUUUUUUUUACUGUCAGUUGGAUACUUCUUAAUGCUGCAAAGAAAAGUAAAUGUGCCCCACAUUUAAAGAUGUGAGCAAUUAAGCCACCUAAAUUGCUCUGUUAUUUCUA